AUGAUCCCUGGAAAGGUGAAAGACGGGCCAAGGAGACUGUGCAGGAACUCCAAUGCUGUUACGAAAGGCUUCCACAACCUCUGGGACGUUGCCAUCCGGAAUGCAAAGACCUCAUCCAGCAUACCAAAUCCAUGCCUGCUCCCCAAACCCAGUCCUAGCUCCAGCUAUUGCAAGAACAAGGAGGAAGGCAGCAAGGGGAGUACAAAUACCCUUGCUGGUGGAAGCCAAAGCUGGAGCAGUUCUGACAGGAGCAAUGUGGCAGGCGGCAGUGCUGUCAUCACCUGUGGAACUGGCUAUCUUCCACUAAUGCAGGAUCUGCAGAAGGCCUUUCUCAUGCGUGCUGAGUGCCCCAGGUUUAGCAAUGUGUCAACUUCAACAUCCCAGUGUGGACCAGGUUUGAUUACUGUGUCUGAACUGCCCAGUGGAACAUACUUCAAGAACAUCAACGACGAGAACUGGAAAAUGACAGAUGAAACAUCAUUCUUGAACAUUUUAAAGACAACUGAAACCGGCAGAAAGCUCACAUUUAGCAAGAGUGCCUGUGAAUUCCAAAGCGUAAGCGAAAGCUACGAGGAUCUCAGUUCCCAGAAAGUAAUGAAGAGCCCCCAAAGCUGGAAGCUUCCUUGGUAUGCUACUGUGAUUCAGGAGAAGGAUAGGCACUUGGUCAUGAUGAAGGAUGAGGUCAGGCGGCUUACGGCCUUAGAGGAGGCUUGCCUGAAGAAAGAUAAUGAGCUCGCCCAACUCAAAGAAGAAGUGAAAGACCUACAGAAACGGCUGCAAUUCCUGAGUGAAGUCCGGGGAGUAGAAGUGAGCCUCAGGGGAAAGGUCUCAGGCAAGAGCAGAGAAGUCAGUGGUGUGGUGGGCAAAAUGCAGGACCUGGAGCAGGACCAGAAGCCAGAAGAUACCCUGAUGGUUCCAGAGACCAAGCCAAGUAUGGAAACCAGCGCUCUUUCCACCACAACUUACGAGGACACUGAAAUCCAAGAAGACAGCAUCAUGUCGGAGGCAAGGGACGAAGGUUCCAAAGCAAGCAUGGGCAUUUACGUGCCCCUCCCACCCUGUGAGAUAAGGCGGAUCAGUGUCUCAGGGAGUACUGCCAAAGAUGAAGAGGAGUUACUGAGAUCUGCACAAGAGGUUCCUCAAUUUAUUGGAAAAAUCCGAAAGCUGCCUCACCUCCCUGAGGAGUGUGACAGUGAAAUGGAAGCCCAAAUCAUUGAGGAAGAUGAGAAGGUGUCAGAAGAGGAUAUAGAAGUAAUCGAGUAUUUAGACAGGGAAGUAAAGGAAGAACUCUUGACCAGGAUUAAUGAGUAUGAGCAGGUGAACAUAGAGCUCCAAGCUGAGCUGGAAAUCACAAGGAAUGAGUAUUCGAUCAUCGCAGGAACUAUUUUGUCAUUACAAAGACAAGUGGAUUUCCAGGAAUCCCAACUGCAAAAAACUACACUGGAAAAAGAAACCCUGCAAAAGGAACUCCAAGAAAGGAAAGCUCAGCUUCAAGCCAUGUCGGACAAGUUUGCCAGCCUCCGAGAAGAAAGAAAACAUGAAGAAAUGAUGGGCAUCAUUGAGAAAGACAAUCUUAACCUCAGACAGCAUGUAGCUGAGCUGGAGUUUGAACUAAGGAAGAAGGAAGAGGUCAUCUCGGAGUAUGACAGCAAGAUCAAUCACCUGGAGGCCCAGGUGAAUGUAGAUCAAAACCACAUGCGACGGCAGGAGCAGAUCCAGGAGGACCUCCAGAACCGCUAUGAGGAAAUGAAGCUCUCUGAGCAGGAGUACCGAGUGCUCCUGGAGAUUUGCCAAGCCAGGCUGGAAAGGCUAAGAAGUAAAAUCAUGCAGGCUGCAUUCAGUAUGGCAGAAAUCAACCCUCCGUCUUCAGAAAUUACAGACACUGACAUCAUAGAAGCCUUGCAGAGAAUCAUUAGUGAGCGACUGGACUUUUAUCAGCAGCUGAAACAGAAAGGGGUGAAAGUGCCCCCACUCCACCAGAAUGAGGUGGUGUCUCCUGUCCCCAAGAGCAGGAAGAGCGGCAAGUAA